CUGAAAGCCCACCGAGCAGGAAUGGAGUUUCCUUCGUUGGCGCCCGGAAAACUUCGAGUGUACAUCACGAGAUUCUGCCCCUUCAGUCAUAGGACGCUCCUAAUGCUGCGUGCUAAGAACUUAGCGCACGAAGUGGUAAACGUUGAUCUCAACAACAAGCCAGAAUGGCUUUUCAAGCUGAACCCCGCCGGCACAGUUCCAAUCCUUCAGCAAGAUGACAAGAUCCUCUACGAUUCCACGGUUGUGCCUGAGUACGUCGAUGAAGCCUAUGGUCAGGAGAAGCUAAUACCCACCGACCCCUAUCUCAAGGCGAAGGAAAAACUUUUUAUUGAUGCUGCUACCACGGCACUUAGACCAGUGGUCCGGGUUCAUAGGGACGUGGAUAAGAAAGUUGAGCUCUGGGACAAGUUUAAGCAAGGUGUGCAGUUUCACGAAGAAGAACUGAAGGCAAGAAGAACUCUCUUCCUCUCAGGAGAAAAACCCGGAUUUUCUGACUACAUGAUCUGGCCGUUCUUCGCAAGGGCGAUUGCAAUUUCAACUGUCUUCCCCGAUUUGAAGCUGCCAACCGCUCAAGAGUCCCCACUGGUCGUCAGGUGGAUGGAGGCGAUGAAGAAAGAUGGCGCUUCUGGCGCCCUUCCGCCCGAAGAUAAUUUCGUAAAAUACAUAAAGUCCUCCCUGGCUGGAAACGCUGAUCCCGAUGUGGGGCUAUAA